ACCACUUGACCACGCCAGCCACGUCGUCAACAAACAGCGAUGACUCCCGUAGCAUCUCCGUUUUUCCUCUGCGUCUUGCACGCCCAUGGCUGCUAGUUCUACGCUACCGAGUGAACCGCCGCCCCUCAACCACCCCGGGCAGAAUGGAGGGAGCGGGUGGUUGAGUAGCUGGCUUCCUUCCUGGCGACCCACAUCAGAGGACCAACUUUGUGAUGCCGAGAAGAAAAUUCUCGACACUCUGAGUUCAGAGUACAGGGACUUGUAUGUUCCAAUAGGAGAGGGAGCAGUGAUCAGGUGUCUGGUGAUGGAGCCACAGGAGCCCUCCCUCCCUGAGAAGAUACCUCUUGUCCUGAUCCACGGCUUUGGCUGCGGCAUCGUCCAGUUCUUCAAGAACUUGGACCACCUCCACCGCGACAGAAGACUGUAUGCUCUGGACUUGCCCGGCUUUGCCCGCUCCACUCGCAUCCCCUUCCCCGAGGAAGCAGAGGCCGUGGAGGCAGUGUUUGUGUCAGCUCUGGAGCGGUGGAGGGAGGGAGUGGGACUGGAGAGGUUUGUGCUGCUCGGCCACAGUCUCGGAGGGUUCCUCUCUCUCUCCUACUCCAUGACCCACCCGCACCGAGUCAGACACCUCAUCCUGGACGACCCCUGGGGGUUCCCUGAGCGAUCUGAGGAACCUCAUUCCCCACCCCCUCCCUCCUCCAGACCUUCCCCCUCCUCCCCACCUCACUCCAGAAUGACAAUAUGGGCCAGAAUCGGUGGCGUUUUCUUGUCGAAAUUCAACCCAUUUGCUCCAGUCAGGGCUGCAGGACCACUUGGUCCUUAUUUGUUGAGUAGUUUCAGAAGAGAUCUAACUCAGAGGUUUGGGGAAGACUUCAUGACAUAUGUGUACCACUGCGUGGCCCAGAACCCCACAGGUGAAAUGCGUUCUACCACAUGCAGAUCCCAAUUGGUUGGGCGAAACGACCAAUGAUCAAACGGAUCGCUCCACCAAACCUCUCGUCCUCUGUUCCACUGACGUUUGUGUACGGAGCGAGGUCGUGGAUGGACAGCAGUACGGGUGAGAGGGUCCAGGAACUCCGACCUCACUCCUACGUACAGGUCCACUACGUGAGGAGGGCGGGGCACCACGUGCACGCCGACCAACCAGAGGCCUUCAACUCUGUGGUGAGGGAGGUGUGCUGUCUGGUGGACCGGAACGAGGACACACAACCAUGUCCUCAUUCCGUUCCUGACUUUGGGAAUGGGAUAAAUCCAGACCAACCGAACUAGUGCUAUCGUCAGAGCAAUACACCGGAGCAUAUUUAUGUACGUACUAUAUAUGUUUGUUGGUAUUUUUGUAUACAACAUUAUAAUAUAGAACAAGCACAAUGCAUAAUUGGUAUAUAAGCGAGCGCAAGUGUGAAAUAUAAAAUAUAAGCGGUUUUACGAAUCACGUAAAACAAUUGGCGGUAUAAUAACAACUUUAAUGGUUAAAACAUGUACAAAUGUGACAUACACUAUAUACAAUGUAAAACAUACGAUGGUGACACCCACCCCACCCAGCCACUGUGGGGGUGGGGUGGGGUGCUGGAGUAUGGGGGGCUGCAGAGAUCUCUCUAGCUAUAUAUAGUUAGUUGGUUGGUUGGUUAGGACUGACAUGGGUCCUGAAUGACUAUCAGCAGAUACUCCUUGUCUGCAGAGACAGACAGACAGACAAUAAUUACAAGUUCUAAACACAACUGUACGUACAGCUGUUAGUAGCACAUAGUUUUCGUGAGUUAACA